CUUCCGCGAAAGUGACAGCGGUUAUGCCCACUGAGUUGCAAAACGUCUGAGCGUCAGGAUUAGCAUAGCGUGAAGAACGCGUGUAAAAUGGGAAUAGUACUUGUGUGAUCGACUGUGCUAACAGAUUCAACAAAAAUCUGGAGCGGUCUUUUUCCAGACUGCAAAAAACACUGAAAGGAGAAGUAAAUCAGUAACUUAGCCAUAUGUCAGACCAAACCAGUUUGAGAUUGGGAUUCUUAUUGGGAUGAAUAAGAGACGAACGGUUGGCAACAACAUCAUUUUCUUCAAGUCCACAGAAAUGCUGUGCUUAUCAGGCGAGAAAGUUCACCCAAAAAAUAUCAGCCAAUUCGAGCUUGGAAGUCUGGUAGACAAUGGGAAGCGCUCCUCUCUCUCCACCUGGAUUAAAGAUAACAUCAAGAAGAAAACGUGUUGUUUCUAUGUGCAGGAUGCUAGUGAAGGGAUUUGUAAGUGUGGAUACCCGAAGGUCCAGCACUGCGAUGAGGCCAUCAAACCUGAGGAAUAUUUGGGGAAAGAGUGGAGUCAUCACAAACACAUCAGAGAAGAACCCACUGAUGCCUAUGGAGAUAUUAGUUUUGGUGGGCUUGGACAGAAAUUGGGGAAGUAUGUUCGGAUAUCAUCGGCCACGCCACCCGAGCAUCUCUAUCAGCUGAUGACAGAACAGUGGAAACUAAGUCUUCCCAAUCUCCUGAUAUCAGUGACCGGUGGGGCCAAAAACUUCGGCAUGAAGAGUCAAUUGAAGGAUAAGUUUCGCCGUGGCCUCAUCAAAGUGGCCCAGACCACAGGUGCAUGGAUUCUGACAGGUGGUACACAUGCAGGUGUGAUGAAACACGUGGGUAUGGCCGUGCGAGAUUACACGCUCAGUAGCAGCUCAAUGGAGGGACAGAUCGUGGUCAUCGGUGUGGUGACGUGGGGUAUCAUUCAUAAUCGGCAAAAACUUAUCAAUGCUGAGGGUUGUUUUCCAGCAGAUUAUUCUCUGGAUGAACAAGGUCAAGGACGACUUUCAUGUCUGGAUAUAAAUCAUUCUCAUUUUCUUCUGGUGGAUGAUGGCACUCAUGGACGUUAUGGAGCUGAAAUUGAACUGCGGGCUCGACUGGAGAAACUGAUCUCUGAGCAGCCACUGGGGAACCGAGAGAGUGGUGUGACGAUACCUGUGGUCUGUGUGGUGCUGGAGGGUGGACCAGGAACUUUAAAUACGAUUUAUAAUUCAAUGCUGAACAACACGCCAUGCGUCGUCCUGGAAGGAUCUGGCCGUUUGGCGGACGUCAUCGCUCAGGUGGCCGAUCUGCCAGUGUCAAAGGUCACUGUGGUCCAUAUUAAACAGCUGAUGAAGAGGUUUUUUGGACAGGAGUACAAAACAUUUACUGAGCCUCAGUUCAUUGAGUGGACCAAGAAGAUUCAGGACAUAAUCCGGAUGCCACAUUUGCUGACUGUGUUUCGUAUCGACGAAGAGAAAAACAGCGACGUUGAUGUUGCCAUUUUGCAAGCUCUGCUCAAAGCAUCCAGGAAUGAAGAAAGCACCGGUCGACAGUCUUGGGAGAGACAGCUGGAGCUCGCCGUGGCCUGGAAUCGAGUUGACAUUGCAGAGACAGAGAUUUUCACUGAGGAGAGCCAAUGGACGUCCAGUGAUCUUCACCCGUCCAUGUUUUCCGCACUGGUGGGCGAUAAGCCGGAGUUUGUGCGUCUCCUGCUGGAGAACGGUGUGUGUGUUCGGCAGUUUCUGGAAAAUGAGGAGAGGCUCUAUGAACUUUAUGCCAACAUGCCCGGUUGUUUCUUCUCACGUAAGCUGGUCAAACAGGGAGGCAAGACCCGCAGAGAUCCACCGUCAUCCACCGGCAGUGAUAAAGUUUCACUGAUUCACGUGUCUGAAGAAGUGAGACAUUUGUUGGGCAGCUUUACUCAGCCUCUGUACGGCUCACCACGACACAAAACAACUAAAGACAACGUGUGUUUAACGUUGCCAUCCAAAGCGCCGGUCGAGCUUCCAUGUUAUGGUGACGAGUCGACCCCAGACUCGGUUUCGGAUCCGGGCCGGGAUCUCUUCCUCUGGGCUGUUGUACAGAAUAACAGAGAACUGGCAGAAAUUGGUUGGGAACAGUGCAGAGAUUGUAUCGCAGCGGCUCUGGCAGCCAGUAAGAUCUUGAGAAAACUGGCGCGGGAAAGCCAAGAUCUUGAUGGUGAGGAGGCGAAGGAAAUGAGAGAUCACGCCGAUUACUAUGAGACACAAGCCAUGGGUGUUUUCAGUGAAUGUCACACCAGUGAUCCUCAGCGAGCUCAGAAACUCUUGAUCCGGAUGUCACCGUCGUGGGGAAGAUGCACCUGUCUGUGGCUCGCUCUGGAAGCUCAGAAUAAAAGAUUUAUUGCUCACUCAGGAGUCCAGAGUCUGCUCACACAGAUCUGGUGCGGUGAGCUCUCGGUGGAGAAUCCAUACUGGAAGGUUUUGGUCUGCAUGAUCUUUUUUCCUCUUAUAUACACUGGCUUCUUAUCCUUCAGACGUGAUGAAGAUAUUCAGAGAGAGGUCGAGAGGACAGAGCAACAGAAACUGACCAUGGAUUCUGGACACACGAAUACCAAAAUUAAACAAAAUUUACGUGGCUCUUCACAGACGUCUAAGAUAAAGCCUCUGAACUGUGGAUCUCGCCUUAUGAAAUUCUUUCAUUCACCUCAAGUGAAGUUUUACUGGAAUAUCGCAUCUUAUUUUGGUUUCCUGUGGCUCUUUGCCGUGGUGCUGAUGAUCGAUUUCCAGACUUUUCCAUCAUGGAGAGAACUUCUGCUGUACGUCUGGCUGGGAUCACUGGUGUGUGAGGAGGUUAGACAGCUUUAUCACGACUUUGAUGGCUCUGGUUUUCGUAAGAAAGCAAAGAUGUAUAUCAAAGAUGUGUGGAACAUUCUGGAUGUGCUGUCAAUUGUGCUGUUCAUCGCCGGCCUGGUAUGCAGGCUGGAGACCUCAGACACUUUGUUCUACAUUGGUAAAGUUAUUCUGUGCAUUGACUUCAUUAUAUUCUGCCUGAGACUGAUGGCCAUCUUUACUAUCAGUCGAACCCUGGGACCCAAAAUCAUCAUUGUCAGGAGAAUGAUGACGGAUUUGUUCUUCUUCAUGUUUCUGUUGAGUAUCUGGGUGGUGGCGUACGGCGUGGCUAAACAAGGCAUUUUGAUUCAGAACGAACACAGACUGGAUUGGAUCUUCCGCGGCGCUGUUUAUGAGCCGUACCUCAUCUUAUUCGGCAACCUCCCCACUGAUAUAGACAACACUCAGUUUGAUAUGAACAGCUGUAGUUUAAAUGCCACGGACCCUUUAAAGCCCAAAUGUCCCAUUUUAAGUGACGACAACACGCCAGUAUUCCCAGUAUGGCUGACCGUCAUUUUACUGUGUGUCUAUUUGCUGUUCACCAACAUUCUGCUGCUUAACCUCCUUAUUGCCAUCUUAAGCUAUACGUUCCAGGAAGUUCAGGACAACACCGACACCAUCUGGAAGUUCCAGCGUUAUGAGCUGAUUAAAGAAUAUCACAGUCGUCCUGCUCUCCCACCGCCCUUCAUCCUCAUCAGUCAUCUCGUCAUCUUCAUCAAAGGGGUGUUUGUGCGUUCACCAGCACAGGGACACAAAUACUUUAGACGAGAGCUUGGGAAGUCUGAGGAAGAGGAGCUGCUGUCAUGGGAGGCUUUCAUGAAGGACAACUAUCUGUCAUCUACACGUCAAGAGGAGAAUCACAGUAUGGAGCAUCGAAUCCAGGACACAGCUGAGAAGGUUGGAGAGAUGUCUGAACUUCUGGAGAGGGACCAGAAGAUGGUUUCCUCCAGAAUGGCAAAAAGACUCACCAAGCUGGAAGAGCAGGUCACUGAAUCCACCAAAGCUCUCCGCUGGAUUAUGGACGCUAUGAAAUCUCAGGGAUAUAAAUCCAAACUGGAGCCGCCUCUAUUGAGUGAGCAGAGUGUUUUUAAAUCAGCUCUGGUCAGAUCAGGUAAAAGCAUUGACAGGGACGAUGGUGAAUCCAGCGGACAGGAGACAGAAGAUGAGAAGCCUCCUCACACGUAUGCACGUCAGCUUCAGUAUCCCGGCAGUAAUGUCACACGCUUUCCUGUACCUGAAGAGAAGGUGUCCUGGGAGACAAACUUCACUUCUUACCUUCCCCCAGUUUACAAUCAGCAGGAAAGCGAUAAUAGUACAGAUGCUUCGGUUUUAGACAAGUACAGGAAUCCAGGAGGAAGAACUGGGAUACGAGGAAAAGGGGCUCUUAAAUCCCUCGGUCCAAAUCACAAAAUCCAUCCAAUCCUUACCAGAUGGCGUGAUGGUGAACCGACAGUACUGGAAUUUCUCGCUGUUUGGAAAGAUGCAGAGAAGUGUUAUUGUCUUCCAGGGGGUGAAGCCAAACCUAAUGAGUCUCUGCCACUGACGCUGGAGAGAAUUCUGGGUAAAAAAUUAAACGAGAGGAUCAAAUCUGACCUACAGGCUGCAGAACAGAUUUAUAAGGUUUAUGUAGAUGAUAGCAGAAACACAGACAAUGCAUGGCUGGAAGCCACUGUCCUUCCACUUCAUUUUGAGAAAAACAAUCCAGUGAUGUCACAAAUAAACACCAUUGUUGAGAGCACGUCGUCAUCUCUCCAGCACUUUCAAUGGCAAGAAGUGAGCAUCAAAACAUGUUUGUGUCCAUACCAAAGAGAAGCUUUACGUCUCAUAGCGCAGCGUCGCAAAACAAACUUCUGAUCUUCAGGAAAACUACAUCAAAAACAUUAACCUCGACCACACAACCGUUUUACCUGUGCUGAAAGCUUGAAUUCAUGGGAAUGAUCUUUAAUCAGGAUGUUAUUUGAAAGAAAAGACUCUGUUGGCAAACAGAAUUGUGAAGAUUAUGGCUGCUUUUAUAUUCAUUUCAAAAGCUGUGCAAUCUGCCAUUCGUCUAACAAACAUUUAGACACUUUAUCUUUUACAAAGAACUGCAUGUCAGUUAGUCAUUUUUUAUUUAAAUUUUCUCAUUUGUUUCUUCUUAUUUAAUUCAUUUGAAUUUAAAAAUCCAGCUAACUGUGCACAAAUGUUUUAUGAUGGGUGUAUGGAUGAUGAUGGAUUUGUAUUGAUUGCUGUCUGGGUAAAUAUGAAUGUGGUUGAUGAGUUUUUUUUAAUAAUACUCCAUUAUGUGUUAUCCCAUACAUUACUGGGACAACAAUAAUUGCCUUAUUCAGUUACAGGACACAAUAAUGUUAAACAAAUGCUUACUGCUUUAGAUGCCAUAGAUGUAUAGAUAGAUGCACAGAUAGAUAAUUACUGUAUAAUAGAUGCUAUCGAUAAUGUAGAGUAAGCUGGCUGUUAUUGCACAGUUAACCUUGACAGGUUGAUCCUUUUGCAAAGUUAUAAAAGGCUGUAAUUUAUUCUACUUAUUUGACAGCUAUUUACCAAAUAAAUCAAGGACAUUAAAUAUUGAUUUAAAUAUAUAUUACAGAAGAAUGCUGUUAUUGAUCGCUCACAAUCUGAUAUUACUGAAAGUCAUGUAAUAGUGAUUUAUGACUGGGUGUUUUGUGCGGAAAAGCAUGAUCUUAUUACACAAGUACAACACAUUAUAAAUGUAAUAAAGCAUGUUCUGUAAAUAUAUGAGCACUUAAUGUGGUAACACAAAAUGGUACAUGCACUUAUAAAAAGCCUUACAAUUAGAAAGCAAUGCAGGUAUGUGAAGUAAAUAAAAUCUCUUACAUACAAGUUUUGAGUCAGUGUGAAUCAGGUUUGUGAUUCAAAUAUUAAAAAGAUUCUGUCGUGCCAAAGGAUUAAAAAUCUCCUAAAACAAACUAUUAGUGGGACUGUAAAAAGAUUAAUCACAUACAAAAUAAAGGUUUGUGCUUGCAUAAUA